AUGGGUUAUGGGUUCUCAUUUUCCCUCCAAUUUAAACACCCUUACCUCUCCAUAGCACAAUAUGUAUCACUCCUAGAAAGUUACACCAACACCAAAUCUCUUCCCAAGAUUAAACAACUUCAUGCUAACAUCAUCACCUUUGGUGUACUUUUGAUUUCUUCUUCAAAACGGUUCACUCUUGUCUCUAAUCUUGCUUCAAGUUAUGGGUUAUGCAAACACGUCGCAUUUGCACGUAAGCUGUUUGCACCAACCAAAAUUGUUCUUUAUAACGUCAUUAUUAGGAUGUACUCUCAAAGUUAUUCACCAAUUGAGGUUCUUAAACAUUAUGUUGAUAUGCUUUAUUCAGGAUAUCUCUUACCUGACAAGUUUACGUACCCUUUUGUUAUUAAAGCAUGUGGGGAUUUGUCCUUGCUUAAGAAUGGUGUGGUACUUCAUGGAAGAGGCUUUACUUCUGGUUUUAGUUCAAAUAUGUUUGUGUUAAAUUCUUUACUAGCAAUGUACAUGAAUUGUGGUGCAGUGGAAUUGGCGAAGCACACCUUUUAUAUGAUGGGCAAAAGAGAUAUGGUGUCCUGGGUUACAAUGAUAACUAGGUUUGUGAAGAAUGGGCGUGCUAAUGAUGCUGCAAUGAUCUUUGAUGAAAUGAUUGAUGUUGGUGCAGAAUUUAAUAGUAGUCUCCUAUGUGCUUAUGCUGAUUUGGGUGAUGAACAUAUUGCUUUUAGCAUUCACAGCUAUCUGAUGAAAUCUGGAUUGCUGUCUGAAACUGAAGUUUUGAGGGGUCUUAUUAAUUUAUAUUCAAAAUGUGAAAAUUUAGAGUAUUCUUAGAAGAUAUUCAAUUAAGUUUCAUUGAAAUACAGAAAUGUUUCUUUGUGGAGUACACUGAUAGCUGGAUAUGGAACACAUGGGCAUGGGGAAACCGCAGUCUGGCUUUUUAAGUGCAUGAUACAAUCCGGAAUUGAACCAAAUGAGGUUGCGUUCACAUGUGUUUUAGAUGCGUGUAGCCAUGCUAGUUUAGUCGAGGAAGGUUUUGAGUUGUUUAAACUGAUGCUCGCAAAUUAUGAAACUAGUCCUAAGAUAUAUCAGUAUACAUGUAUGGUUGAUCUUCUUGGGCGUGCUGGGCGUUUGCAGGAAGCUAAUGACUUGAUCUUAACAAUGCCAUUGAAGCCAAAUCAUGUUGUUUGGACUUCCUUGCUUGGUGCUUGUGUUAUGCAUCAAAAUGUCGAGAUUGGAGAGAUAGCUGCUAAAGCACUUCUCGAAUUGAAGCCAGAAAAUCCGACCAUUUAUGUCUUACUGGCAAACAUAUAUGCUUCAACAGGUAGAUGGGAAGAUGCAGAGGAUGUACGUUCAAGACACGGGGACAUAGUUUGGUUAAGGCGUCCACAGCGACUAAAAGCAGACCAAAAUUGGUAUAAUCUUAAUUCUGACGCCGGAUCAACAAAAAUGGUGAGUACAUCAGAGAUAGUGAAGAAGCUGAAUCUUCAAGCUCAUGUUGAAGGUGGAUUUUUCUGUGAAACUUUCAGAUUUGGCUCAAAUUUUGUGUUUGGCUAG